AUGGUAAUCUUGCUUCAGGAUAUCAAAUGGCUCCUUACAAUAACUUCAUUGCCAAUUUUAUUAAAGGGUGUACUUACUGUUGAAGAUACCAAUUCCAUAUACUAUGCUAAUAAUGUAGCAAGGAUAGCCAUACAAGCUGGAGCUGCUGGGAUCAUUGUUUCCAAUCAAGGAGCUCGGCAACUUGACUAUGUCCCUGCUACUAUUAUGGCUUUGGAAGAGAUUGGUAGACCUGUGAUGUUUUCAUUGGCUGCUGAUGGCAAGGCUGGUGUAAGAAAAGUACUUCGAAUGCUUGUUGAUGAGUUAGAAGUAACUAUAAAUUGA